AUGUAUAAGGUCAAAAAUAUUGUUGGCAAACUGGGCCACCAAGAGUCGUCUCAAUCCCAGGGAAAAUCAGUUUUGAAAGAUCCUAUCAGGAGCGACAGCGAAGUGGCAUCCUUAGCCGAACGAAGCUCUGAAUCCCCUAAGUUACUAAAAGGAGAAUCUGUAAAUUCCUUAAGUGCAAUUGAGGUGAGGGCUAAUGUUGAUUUGCAUGGGAAAGAAUUCAGCAAUCGAUGUCCAGAUUUUGAAGACGUCAGAAAUGUACCCUUUGCUUCGACUGUUUUGGGCAAAGGGUUCAUGGCAUUCCCGAGCGAAAACUCAUACACCAAAUUCCGUCAAAAUAAGCGGCGUUUGGACUGCCUAAAUGAUACGCAAGCAGUGGGGUUUCCCUUCUUGCAUGCUGUGUCGCUAAAUUUAUUCAAGAGUCUGAUCCAUGGUAAGGCACCUGUGAUGAAGAUUCACAGGUUUGCACUGGUAGACACGAGUAGAGACGAAGAUUGGGCAGUAAACUACAAAGAAGAUGAACACUGUCAAUUGUUGGCAUCGAACGGAGAUCUGCGGGUGUAUAAACUGACUUUCUGCGAGAUCUUCCAACACAUAGAGUCCAAAACCAGUCAUGUGGAAUACAGAUUAGUAUUUCGCAUCGACAACCGCCCCACCAGGAACCUUUUUUGUCUGAAAAUGUUAGGUCAUAUUCUGCACAGCGAUUGUGAUACUAGAGUAGACGAUCUGGCUCUUCGAUGGUAUGGUGUCUCGGGCCUCGCUUCCAGUUUUGGUGCCAGCAAAUUUGACCUCAGAGUAUUGGAUGACAACAUCCCUUCAUUUUUAGAUUACUUGACAGAUAAAGAAUACAGCGAUGCCAGGAAGAAGGUUCCGAACAGUCGGCAUGUGGCAAAAUUGCCCAUAUGGGCUACCUACAGUGAUGAAUCCUCCACGGUUAUCCCCAAAAAUAGGACUCUGAAGCAUGCAAAUUUCAAAAUCAAUGAGAUGUCGCAUUGUUCGGAAAGUCUUCGCGAUAUUCCUUGGGAUACACUGAUUCUGACUAGCAUGUGCAUGCUACUGCACGACAUAGAAUCCAAAAAAGAGAAAGCUACUUCUCAUAGGUACAGCACGCUGGGACUAGCGCUUGCAGUAUGA